AUGACGCUCUAUUCCGAUCCCCCGACUCUCCGGGACUAUCGCGAGGACAAGCCGACGCUGCUUGUGUGCUGGUGGAUGACGUCCUUCUGCGCCCUCAUGAUCAUCCUCCGCGUCGUCGGCCGUUUCAUCCGAACCGAGAAGCUCUUCCUCGAGGACAAGAUCGCCUCCCUCGCCCUCGUCCCGCUCUUCCUGCGCAUGGUCUGCCUUCAUUUCGUCCUCCGAUACGGCACCAACAACGCCGAUUUCAGCCGUCUCGAAUUAACCCCCACCCAGCUGCGCCAAAAGUCCAUCGCCAGUGGCCUGGUCCUCGCCAGCAGGAUCUUUUACGGCGCGACCCUGUGGAUUCUCAAGUUGGCCAUUCUCGAGUUUCUCCGACGACUGACCGAUCUCACCUGGUCGCGCUCCCACCAAGUGACCUUGAUCGCCAUCCGGCUGACUCUGGCCCUCACCUUUGUCGCCGUCGUCGUCGGCACGCUGGUCGAAUGCUCGCCCUUCCGUCGCUACUGGCAAGUCCUGCCGGAUCCGGGCGGCCAGUGCCGGCAGGCCUAUGUUCAGCUCAUCACCAUGACCACCUGCAACGUCGUCACCGACGCCCUGCUCGUCUUCUUUCCCAUUCCCAUCAUCGUUCGGAGUCAGAUGAAGUUGAAGCGCAAGAUCCACCUCAUCCUGCUAUUUUCCCUCAGCCUGUCUGUCGUCGUCGUCACCUUGUACCGGCUGCCGCGGACCAUGGAGGAACGCGGCGGCCAGCAGAUCCGAUCCCUCCUCGCCUCGGUCGAGCUGCUCUUCGCCACGGCCGCCGCCAACGCCCUCGUCCUGGGCUCCUUCGUUCGCGACCGCGGCAUCAAGAAGCAAAAAUUCCACCGAAACUCGGCCGCCGACUCCUUCGACCGGUCCAGCAGCGCCCGACGGCCAACCCUGCAGCAGCAGUGGGGCAGCGAUGAGGAUCUCGUGCGAGACGUCGGCCUGAGCGUCGACCCCGAGCUUCAGGAGCCGCCGAGGAGCCCCGCGACCGAGCACUUCUCCACGACUCCCGUCUUCAAGCACCGCGAAGAGUACGGCGUCGACUGGCAAGGCUCAACGAGCCGGGCAAGCAACAGCGAGCACAGCGACGACCUUCUCGUCCCGCUCGACCCGCUCUCGAAAACCGACCCGCGGAAGCGGCGCCUGUCCUUCCUGGACGUCGGCGGCCUGCUCGACGGCGAGGCGGGCGGCGGCACCGGCGGCGGCUACCGGCGCGGAAGCGGUCCGUCGUCGACCCCGGCCCCCGGCUCCCCGUAUGGCGCGCCUCCUGCCUCCGUUCCCGCGAGCACGGUGGGCGUCCGACGAGGGUCGGCGGCGCUCCUGCAAGACCUCGAUGGGCUUGCGGUCCCUGCCAGCCCGCACCCGUCUCGAGCGAGGGCCAGGGGCGGCUCGGAGCUCGAACCAAUUCCGCAGAAGCGGCCGGUGCAUCUGAGCAGCAGCCAACAUGACUUGGAGUUUGCGGAUCCUGGCGGUCUCUUAAAAUGA